AUUUAACAUGAAUUUAAUACCCAACUGUUUAUAUUUAGUGAUGUUCUUAUUUAUACAUGUAACCAAUGAAGAAACGACAACCGAGGCGGACACUCUAAAAAAAGAUAAAAUAACGGAUACAAUUAACAAAAUAAACAAUCCAAAUUUAAAAGAAAAUGUUAAAAAUAAUGAUGAACAUCAAACCGGAUCACCACAAUUUGACAUGAAAGACUUCAAAGUCAAGAAAUUGAAAAGUCACCAUUUCGAGGAUGAGGAUACUACAUCUUGCUUAGCCAACAUAGAUCCAGCGAAGAUAGAAGCAGUUAAAAAGAGUAUCAGGAACAACGACGGUAAAGUUGAAUACGUACCUGCUGAUCCUCAACACGUUAAUGAUGAAGAUAUUAAAAUAGCCAAUUGUCUUAAGAGAGAAGCUAAAGAUAACAAAGAUAAUAAAGAACCUAAUGAAAAUUCAGGUAAAACCAAGUCAGUCGACGCAAAAGAAGGAAAGAUCAAUAAAGAAGCUACAAAUGCUACAAAGGAUAAAAUUAAUUUAAAUACAGUAGAAGAAGAAGAUACAGUAAAUGAUAAACCUGGUAGAAGAGAUACAGAAUACCAAUUCGAACCGCUACUCUACUACGACGACGAAAUGGUGUUUGACAACACGACGUGCCCAGACAAGGUGGAGGUUAUAGAACUACAACUGGGCGAGGUGAAGACGUAUGACAUGGAGUGUAGUAUGAUCACGCAUUGGACAGGUUUGUUAGACCCUAAUCUAUCAGAUGAAUAG